UGGACACUGGUGCCAACACCCAUGUCACGUCUGAUUAUUCUCAGCUACAAUCUCCUCAUCAAUACACCGGUACUGAUGCUAUUACCGUAGGCAAUGGUCAAUCCCUACCCAUCACACACUCUGGCUCAGGUUUUGUCCAUACUCCUAAUGGUAAAUACCACCUUUCUACUCUUCAUUAUGUCCCUUCCCUUACCUCCAAUCUAUUGUUUGUCCAUCGAUUUACCAAAGAUAACAACUGCACCCUUGUUUUCAAUGCCAAUGAUUUCCAGAUAGUGGACAAUCCUACCAACCAGGGUAUGUAAGAAGGGGUUUAUGUGCGGAAGAGCCCUUGGAGGGCACAUGAGAGCUCAUGGCAUUGGAGAUGAGAGUGCCAUCAUGGACGACGAGGACGACGAAGAACAGGCUAGCGAUUGGGAAGAACAUAAUAACAGUAAGAUUAACGAAGGCGGGGGCGGUAGCGAUCCCCAGAGGACGAGCAUCAAGAGGAUGUACCAGUUGAGAGCGAACCCUAAUCGCCUCAAGAGCGUUAGGGUUUGUGAGAAUUGCGGGAAGGAGUUCUUCUCGUGGAAGUCCUUCCUCGAGCACGGCAAGUGCAGCUCCGACGACGCCGAGUCGCCGGCGUCGUCACGCCAGGGAUCGGAGGAGGAGGACGACGAUUUCGGGCGGUGUGGCGGCCAGGGAUGGUCGAAGAGGAAGAGAUCCCUCAGAGCUAAAGUUGGUGGUAGUGGCGGCGGCGGCUUUGAUGGUGCCACCGCUGCGGCUCAGUUUAGCGAAGAGGAAGACAUCCUCCUCGCCAGAUGCCUCAUUGACUUGGCCAAUGCCAGGGUGGACAACAACAACAACAUCGACAACAACAACAACAACAAGAAUAUUAAUAAUAAUAAUUCUAUGGUUUCCGAGCAGGAGGCGGAGUCAAGUGCCGCCUCCGUGGAGGAGAGGCGAUACAUGCCCCCGCCACCAACGUUUGUGGCUCCGCUCGCCAGUCGGCCGCGAUUCCCUAUGCCGGUUCAAGUAGUAGACAAGGCCAAAGGCAUAACUUCCUCCUCCUCUUCUUCCCCUUCCAAAGGUCUCUUUGAAUGCAAAGCGUGCAAGAAAGUUUUCACGUCGCAUCAAGCCCUAGGUGGUCACCGGGCGAGCCACAAGAAGGUUAAAGGGUGCUACGCCGCCAAGCAGGACCAUCUAGACAAUGACGGCGACGACGAUCUAACCGCCGCCGCCGCGCACGACGAGUACUCCCCUUCCUCCAACAGAUCCUCCUCCUCCUACCACCACCUCGAGAGCGGCGGUGCCGCCGCGGGAGCUUCCAGAAGGAAGCCCCGGGACCACGAAUGCUCCAUCUGCCACCGGGUCUUUUCGACCGGGCAGGCAUUGGGAGGUCACAAGAGAUGCCACUGGAUCACAACGUCUAAUUCUUAUUCCCACGCGGCGGCCGCCGUCCCGAAGUUCCAUUUCCCGGGGAGGAGGACGCCAGCCGAGGGCUCGGCACUCGACCUCAACCUCCCCGCGAACGGGGACGACAUGUCGGCCGAAAUAAGGCGGGACCCUCGAAACCCGUUGAGCUUCGAGGUGUCCACGGACGUCCGGAUGCUCACGAUGUGGAGCCAGCCGGACGACAACAACGACUACUACAACAACGACAACUACGGCGAUGACAACAUCAACAAGGCUGUCGUUGUUGCAGAUGUUGUGGCUGCCGCCGCGGCCGGAGGCGGCCACGGCGGCAUAAGUGCUAAAAAUGAGGAAGGGGAGGGUAAAAAGGUGGAAAUAGAAAAGCUGAGUGAGAUGAAGCAGAUGAGUAGCGUUAAGGGCAAUGAUUCGCCGUGGUUACAGGUUGGAAUUGGUUCCACGACUGAGAUUUACAAAAAAAAAGAAAAGAAAGAACAAAUCUCCCUGUGGGAGACAAUGGAGGAACACAAGUGUAAGCUUUGGUGGAGGAAAUUCGCAAGUUCCCCGGAGGAAGACGGCGCUUACUGCUUGAUGAUGUUGUCCAGAGACAAAUGGAGCGGCGGCGGCGGCGAGGAGGGGUUGGAGAACUCCGGGGAUUCCGGCGAAGAGGCUGUGGCUGACAAGAAAGGUGCCAAGAGAAAGAGGAAAUACUACACAUGCGGUGGGAGUUGCAGAAGGGUGUUUAGGUCUUAUCAGGCACUUGGGGGGCACAGAGCAAGUCACAAGAAGUUGAUGUUCAAAGGGGCGGCGGCGGCAGCCGCCGCGGAGGUGGUGGAGGAAAAUGCCGGGGAGGAUGAGAAAACCCAUGAAUGCCCUUUCUGCUACAGAGUGUUUUCUUCAGGGCAAGCCUUGGGUGGGCACAAGAGAUCUCAUCUCACUGCACCACUACCACCACCUUAAUUAUUAAUCCUUCAAUUUCCUUUCCCCAUCAAAACUACUUUAACUUCAUUAGAGAGUUAGUUACAACACUAUUUCAAACUAACAAUGAAAUUUUGUUAGUGGU